AUGCAACAGCACAAUCAACAACGGCCCAAGGUGUAUAUUCCGGACCAGGGGCAGUACUACGACGAUGUUAGAGGCCAGUUGGACGAUCUGGAGGCAGAGGAGUUGAGCAUCAGGGAGGAGGAAUUGAACCUCAGACGGCGCCAGCUUGAGUUGAAAAGGCGACGAUUGAUGUCACCUGGUGGUGGUUCAAGCACAUCUUCGCUCUCUGGUUCUCAAGGUUGGGGCGGAUACGAUCGUGGUCCACCUCCUACACACUACCGAGAUGCAUCAUCACAGUCGAUACCUCGGGCAACAGACGACAGAGGCCAACAUCAUUUCCCGAACGCACCGCCUCCUAGAGAAUGGGAUGAUCGGUAUCAGAUGCCCCCAGCGCGACGCUUGCACUCUGCGCCACAGCAACAAGGGUAUGGCUAUGGACCUGAACCUCAAGGUCCGCCACAAGAUGAGCGUUUUCACAACACUGAUGCAGGUCAUUGGCAAGGUCGGCAUGCGUCGUAUGAGCAGUACGACACCUAUCUCACGCCGCACUCACCACGAUCGCCUCGCUUGCCUGCUGCAUUUCCCUUGGACGCACAACGCGAAUACACCUAUGAUCCCUUACGUCGACAGCGCUCUCGUUCCGGCAAUCUCGACGUGCAAGCCUUUGAUCAGCAAUGGGAUCAAAGAGGCCCACAGGGAUACGACGGUGGAUAUCCAGGAUGGCGCCCACCGUCACACUCUCCACAUGGCUCACAAAGCUCGGUAGGGCCUCCGGACUCGUCGGAUUACGGGCGACAGGCGCCGUCAGUCGGUUCAAAACAGGUGUCGCCAAGCGAGACUCCUCUGACAGGGUCUUCUGUGAGCAAACCAGCUACAGCCACCAAGUCCAACAAUCCGUGGCACGACUACCUCAGAUUUGCCGAUGGAGAUCCUGGUCCGAUUGAUAGUGUAAUUGUCGCGGAAGACAUUGCUACCAGUCUGCAACCUUCACCAGUCUUGACCAGUGCAGACUCACUGCAAGCUGGAUCAGUGGGGCAGACUCAAACAGGUGGACCUACUGCAGAACAUGUCGAUGCCAGUCUGCAACAAAAAAGCCAGGUUGAGAUCGUCCAGGACCUAGGUCCGUCAAAAUUACCUUUCGUGCCGGUUCCGGAAAUCAUUGUCGGUGGUUUACCGGACGACGUCAGCAGCGGAAAUGCCACCGAUGAUCCAGCGCAGCAGAACGAGAAAACCUCGCCCCUUUCUGUUCUGCCGCUGACGGGUCAAGAGGGUCAAGAGGGUCAAGAGGGUCAAGAGGGUCAAGAGGCGUUACAGGCGCCUGAUAGUCCUCAGCUGGGUUUGAACAUUAGUUCCGUCGCGGUCGCACAGACUGAUGAUCUGUCGGGACACGCAGAUACUCGUCCAGACGCUGAAGCUGUAGUCUCUGAGCUCAAGCUCCCGGACACAAGCGCCGAACAAGCAACUAGCCCAGCACCAAAGGUCGACGAAGAUGAAGGUGAUGAUAGCGAGAGAGAAACGAUAAGCGGAUUCGACGAGAUAGAGACUUGCAACUGCGGUAAGGCUCAACCUGGCAAGGACGAAUGUUACUUUUGCUGGCCAUGCAACGGAACCAUCUUUUGCAAAAAGUGCUGGGAUAAGUGCCCACCUCACAAAGGGAAGCUACUCGGCUCUCGCCAGGUCGGAGUACCACAUGAGAAAUCCGAUCCUAUGGUCGCACGACGUAUCUUCGAGACACUACAAUCUGAUCGAGAUGCUAAAGAGCAAGCACGACUCCAUGAUCAAGACGAGGAUACGUCUUGGUUCGGCACCGGCAAGGACACCGAUACUGGCGAAACUGUGUUCCGAGAUUUUGGCCGAUACAGUCGCCUGGUUGAAGAAUUGUCGAGCAGACGUCGGUUGACGCGAUUUCCAGCGCUUGUGUCUUUCGUGGGUCAGACUUCGGCAGGCAAAUCUAGCUUGAUCAGGCUUCUCGUCGAGACGCUGGCGCCGCUUUCUGCGGCUCCCGAGGUUCCUGUAGUUGGAUCUAACCUACACUCGGACGUGCCUACUAGUGGUGAUGUUCAUCUGUAUCCAGAUCUCACCACUUUCGAAACCAAUCAGCCCAUCUUCUACGCUGACUGCGAAGGUCUAGACGGCGGCGAGCGGCAGCCGCAGGGAGCCAGGCGUAACAAGGCACCCAGCCCGAACCCAAGGACUCAAUCCUUCACCAAGCAUAUCAGAAAGCAGCAUCACACAUCAGAGCGUGAGAUUACCUGGGCCAACACUCCUUUGACUACAAGCAGAGAGUAUCACGUCCGACACCUCUAUCCACGUCUGUUGUUCACCUUUUCCGACUGUAUCGUCUUUGUCACGAAGAAUCCAAGAGUCAUUGAAGGCGUGAUCGAACAGCUCAUUGACUGGGCUGCGGCCGCACUAGAAACUUCGUCCAAUCAGCCUGUCCUUCCGCAUGCAAUCAUCGUACUGAAUGCUACAGACAGUGCUGCCGAUCCAAACCUGUGGGAUGUGAACAACUCGACUAUUGACCUUCUGCAAAAGGUAGACCGAGCUGUGCACCAAAACCAUAAGCUACGGAAAUUUGCGGAGUUUUGGCGAGAGAAAGGCAGACAGAUCGAGACCGUGGAAACUCUGCUUCUCUCGUACUACUCUAGUAUCCGCGUGGUGCGCAUGCCAGAAAAGGGCCGUCCUACACUGAUACACGAUCAGGUACGCAGACUGUACGAGGAGAUCAAAGAAGCAUGUUCAAAGAGCCGAGAAUCCAAGCACCAGCUGCGGAUGCUUCUCAACUCUGAUGAGCUCCAGCCAUAUCUGCAGCAUGCCUUCGACCAUUUCUGCAAGAAUCUUGAAAGGCCAUUUGAUUUUGUUCAGGCUUCACUUGCGUUCCACCCAAUUCCGUCUGAUUUCGGCGGAAACAUCUUGAAGAUGGCCAUCAAUAUUAUGGAAGUCUGGAGAGACCGCCUCGACGGUCCUAGCAUUAUCAAGGAGCUGAGCUUCCUGGUUGCUUCCUGCAUUAUGCUCGACAGUGCUCGACGGAGGACUUUAGGUACUGCAGAGAAAGUUUUUGCCGGAUAUGUGCACCACUGCGACGACGUCCUCGAGAGCUUCUGCAAUCUUCACUGGCCGUGCGAGUACGUCAAUCCUAUUACGAUGUUGAGCAACGGCAAGGUCAUUGCAGUCGGCACUUACGUUUCGGAUUUCACAGCUGAACGCUAUCGGGAGUUUUUUGAGUACAGUGUUGCCCAUAAUCUCCGAGAUCUGUUGAGGCUACUUCACACGGCUACGCAAGGAUCACUGGACGUAGGCCAGAAGGAGCUCGUCAAGGCGUCGGAGAUCCAUCGCGAUUAUGUCCUUGAUCCCUUCUUCCGCCAUCUCUCGGGCAGUCACCACUUUGUCAACCAUACGGCUUGUUACAGUUGCCUGACCGGGCCACCAGAACAUCCCCUGUGGUGCGGUCACGUUCUGUGCGCUUCGUGCGUACAAGCAUAUGGCAAAGCCCGUGGGCCGAGUAUCUUUGAGAUCACAGAGUGCCCCCUGCAUCACCACGAGGUCGACGGACAGUAUCGUGGUCGAUGGCCAAUCUUCGUGAAGCCCCCCGAGGCUGGAUCUCGCGUCUUGUGUCUUGAUGGUGGAGGUGUCCGUGGUAUCGUUGAGCUGACCAUUCUGCAACACAUUGAGGCACAACUGGGUUCAGGCCUCCCAAUCCAGGCAUUCUUUGACCUUAUUGUCGGGACCUCUACUGGUGGAGUGAUUGCUCUGGGUCUCGGCGCCAAUGGAUGGUCCGUGAGUCGCUGCCUCAAGUCUUUUAAAGACCUGUGCCACCACGCCUUCAAACGGUCCUGGGCUUUCGGCCUGCCCGGCAUGGACCAUGUCAUAUCAUUCUCAGGCGGCAGUUUGUACGACACAUCGUCUGUGGAAUCGGCUUUGCAACAAGCAUUCGGUCUCGAUCAAUCACUUUUCGCGGGCCCACGUGAUUUCCAGGACAACGAAGCUGCAAAAUUUCGGACGACCAAAGUCGCUGUCACGACAGCCACGACAGGCGGAACCGCGGCUUUACUGGGCAACUACAACAGAGCAGAGAGCGGCGAUGAUGCGCCCUACACUUUUCCACGAUCCGAAAAGCCCGAUGCAGAGAUCAAGAUAUGGCAAGCCGCAAGAGCAACAUCUGCUGCUCCAACGAUGUUCAAAUCGUAUGCUCAUACGCCCUCUGGUCAAGUCUUUCUGGACGGCGCCAUUCGUUACAACUGUCCCAUAAAGCCCGCCUUACGAGAGCAGAAAUUGAUCUGGCCAGAGACCGCUGACCGUUGUCCUGACGUUGUUGUGUCGAUUGGCACAGGCAUAAACACCUUGAACCGUAAGCCAGUCCGAAACCUAGGUCUGCCACGACGCGGCUUGUUCAACGGAGUUCGCGCUCUUUACAAGACAGCUGUCGAUAAUAUUGCCACAAGCUUGAAUGCUGAGAAGAUGUAUCGAGACUUCAUUGAUAGCAGUCAAACUCCAGAAUAUCUGCAGGAUAGGUUUGUGCGACUAAACCUGCGACUGAACAAAGAUCCGCCAAGGAUGGAUGAUACGAGUCAACUCGAAGAGCUCGAGGAAAAGACGAGGUCGCAAUAUACGAAAGACAAAGCUGUGGUCAAGGCCGUAGCCGACAGACUACUUGCAUCGACCUUCUACUUUGCCUUGGAGCAGGAACUGGUCGCCUUUGGUCGGAGUGAGAAUGAUAACGGUCCCAGAACAGUCACUGGACGCAUAGUCUGUCGCUUUGCACCUCAUUCGGACGAGCUCAAAGCUCUCGGAGAGACGCUCAGGCGUCGGUCCAAGAAUGCCUACCGCCAGCAGUCGGGCACCCACAAUCCUUACUUCGUCGUAUGUGAGCGACGGAAUGGCAUGGAAAACUCCGUCCAGCAUGUCCUGGAACCGACCAUGAUUGAUCAGAUGAGCAAUGAGGGACUCUUUUCCAUGGAUCGAAUUAAGAUUACACUGUCUGGUCGCCAGGCAGAAACGGAAAUGUUCUUCUGUCUUGGUGACCAGCCCAAGGCCACGGUGCUGUAUCCUAUCAGUGGGUUCCCCCGAUCCCUCAUUGAGGAAUUGAACAAAGGCCCAAAGGUGCAGCGCAGUCGAUCUUCGCACGUUGCGAAGACCUCGCAGUACAAGCUGGAUUGGGCAGACUUUGAGCGUAAGCGAGCUGCCUGGACUUUUGCUGCGGCGCGCUAUCUGGACAUGCAAAACCCCUUUCAACACUAUGCUAGCUCAGAGUACGUGAAUCCUGGCAAUGCCACGACGUCGUUCCUUGACUCCCUGAAGACAAGGUUUGAGAGCGAUCCCAGUCUCCCGAGACCUAACCCAGAUGAUCUCCCCUCAGCCAACAUGGGCGGCAGGAGCUUCCCGUGGCGCAGCAAGUCGAAGCUUGUUCUGAAGUCAGCGGAGAGUCACUGGUCUACUGCCGAUACAGUAGUCGCACACUCGUACUCAGAAGAAAGGUAUGAAAUGUCAAAUGAUAGCAUGAUUGCAGCGAAGGAAGUCAAGCUAGUGGCAGGAAUGCAUGAGAUGAGUAAUGUCGAGAAGAAGAAAGACGUGGCUGGAUCUGUACAACUUGGACAACCGCCUUCCUCUCAACUCGACAGCGGAAAGGUGUUCGAGAUCGACAGCAAUCCCAACCAGAGCCGGCUGACAGCAGUACAAAUGGUCGCUCAACACAUGGAGAAUACGGCUCGUCUCGAGGGUAUGCAGAAAUCAAGAGAUGCUUCAGCAUUUAAAGGACUUCGCAACACGGCGGAGGCAAAGGCAUCAAUGGCUACGAUGACCUUUCCAUAUCACCCACCGUACCAGCCAGCCCCAACAGCUGCCAGCGGCCCAAUAUCAAAUACUCGGAAGUCAAACUACAAUCUUGACGCAACAGAGACGCCCGUAUCUGCGAUGACUGCAACGAGCCCAAGUGCGGCAUAUGAGGGACCCGUCUCGGCAAUGAGUUCGACGACGACGACGCCGUACGGCAGGCCUGUAAGUCCCAUGAGUUCGGUGGGCACGAGGCCGAACUUCUCUCGGCAGCUCGCAUCGCACGACCAUCGCCUUGGAAGCCAUCUCAGCGCAAACCCAUCUCGGCUACCAACGAUUCCCGACCCACCACCUUCUCCCAAAGUAGCUCAUUUCCCACGAAUGCCAUUUGACUCGCCGCCAUCAAAGCCAAAAAUUCCAGAUAGUCCGCCGCCUGACUAUUCCAGUGAUCCAGAUUUUAGGCCGACAAAUGACUCAAAGGAAGACAAGAAGUCAUUCGAGCAACGAGCUAAAGAGGCAGUCAAGGACGAAGCUUUUCCUCAUCGAAACCAAUCUGUACUCAAUCGCAAGUUCUCCUGGGAGAGCAUCGCCUCAAAUGCGGCGGCGCCUGCGACCUCGACACCAGGGGCGAUUUCUUCCCUCGCUCCGAGUCCGCCAAUCUCACGAGCGUCAAGUCCAUACUCGGAAAGGCCAAUGAGCAUUGCCAUCUCGGAAGACAUGCCUAUACCGCCACCUCCGCCGAUGGGCAAAGCACCACCGGUCCCGAAAAAGCCUAGUCAUAUGAGUGCGGGCAAGCAAGCUACUGUUGAGGAUGGAUCUGACAAUGGAGAAGAAGAAGAAGACACGCUGAAGGAAGAGGAGGCCAAGAAGCUACAAGAGCAGUUGAACGCGCAAGCUGAAACAGCCGAUCCUACUCAGACAGCGACUCCGGACCAAAACAACACUGAAGAGAGCAAAGAUAUGUAUAGUGGUGACGAUGACAAGGAGAACGACGAGAGCCAGGCUAUUGCAGACGCCGCGAGUGUAGCGGAAGCUUAUGUCGAUGCAGCUGCUGUCAACAAGGAUUCGAAAGAUGAUGUUGGCAGUUCUUCAACCGAAGAUAUGACAGCGACGAUGAGGAUAAGGAAAUCGAUGAUGAGCUUGAAGCGAAAUCCGAGCUGGAUAUCGCGGAGUCGAUAG